AUGCCGUCUUAUGUUAUCACUGGGGUCUCUAGGGGUAUUGGGUGGGAGUUACUUCGACAGCUGUCCCGCGAUUCGAGCAAUACUAUAAUCGGGAUUGUUCGCAACAAGUCUGCAACCCAGGCGAAGGCGAAGGAAGAGUUGCCGGAACGUACCAACAUCCAUAUCGUGCAGGCCGAUAUCACCCAUUAUACUGCUUUAAAGGCUGCGGCGGCGGAGACUGCAACAAUCACUGGCGGGGGGCUCGAUUAUCUCAUCGCCAACGCUGGGCUGGUAUCCACCUUUGAUGCUUAUGAUCCGAUCGGGAUUCUAGGCCAGCAGCCCGAAGCCCUAGAGGAGAACCUUAUCAAGUGUUUCAAAAUCAACACAGUCAGCAACAUUCACUUGUUCAACUUGUUCAUGCCCUUGAUUAUGAAGGGAGAAGUCAAGAAAGUUAUUGCCAUCUCUAGUGGCCAUGCCUCCCUCGAUGCCAUCUCUAAUUUAAGGAUCGAGGUCGCCUCUCUCUAUACCAUCAGUAAGGCUGGCCUCAACGCUGCUGUGGCCAAGUUCAGCGCGCAGUAUGCAAAGGAUGGCGUCCUUUUCAUGAGCAUUUGUCCCGGGAUGGUUGAUACGGGCCACUUUGCUAACGCAACCGAGGAGCAGCUGAAGGGCUUGGCAGGGAUGUUAGGUGCAUUCGCCCGGUAUGCACCCAACUUCAAGGGUCCCAGCCCACCAGAGACUGCGGUGCAGGAUCUGGUCUCAGUUAUGGAAAAGGCAAGUGUUAAGGGUGGCGAUGGCGGUUCCUUUGUGUCGCACUAUGGCAACCAACAGUGGCUGUAG